AAUGGAUAAAGUGAUUUCAGAAAAUUAUGAGGAUGAUGGAGAGGUUUGUGAAAAAAUAAUUAUAUCGUCAAGACAACAGAGUCAGAUCUAUAAUUAAAGUACUAAAAUUUGAGAUAAUGUCAGCAUUUUAAUAUGAAAAUUAAGUUCCUCUCAGAUCAAUCAAAAGCUGCAGUCCCGAAUAUUCUGAUUAAUUUGAUUGGGAAAAUGAGAAGUGUAAAGUAUCCUUUUUUGAAUGCAUGAGACUUGACAAGAGAGUAUGAUGUUUUUAUUAUUCAUAGAAAACAACUUCAGUAUUUCGCCAAACUUAAGAAUCUGUAUCAUAUAGUCUUAAAGGAGAAAUGAAUACAUUAAUCUAUUAUAAAUUGUUUGAUGAUGAUUGUAAAUAUAUUGUUAAGGAAAUUGCUGAGAAUUUAAUUGAAUUAAAUUGCAAUAUAUAUUUUGAGUAGAGGUAAUUUGAUGAAAUUACUGAAUUAACUCAUACGAAUCGACUUUUUGUUUUUAAUUAAGAAUCAAUACCUUAAAUUGCUUUGAUUAUUGUAGUUGGAGGAGAUGGAACCGUACUUUAUGCGUUGAGAUAAUUUUAAGGUUUUGAGCCUCCCCCAAUUUUGGCUUUUUAGAAGGGAACUUUGGGUUUCAUGUGUGUUUUUGACUUAAAAGAUAAAUAUAAUAUCUUAUCCUAAUAAAUUGGACAUUUUAGAACUGCAGGAUAAUUUAUAGUUGAAAGGAAACUAAGACUUAAAGGUAGUCUUAAAUAAGCAGGGUAACAAAAAUUUGAAUACCAUGUUCUUAAUGAAUUUGUAAUAUCUAGAGGAGCAAACCCUCAUUGCUUAUAUAUUGAGAUAUACAUUAAUAAUGUGUUGUUAACUGUUGCAUCUGGAGAUGGAAUAAUUGUAUCUACGCCCACAGGUUCAACAGCAUAUUUUUUAUCUGCAGGAGGUCCAAUUAUCCAAAAUGAGGUUUCAUCAAUAUCCAUUGCACCUAUUUGUCCUUUGUCUUUAUCAUUUAGACCUAUUGUAUUGCCUACAUGUCUAUAGAUAACAAUUAAAUUAGCGAAUUAAUGCAGAGCUAACGGAUUUAUUUGUGCUGAUGGACAAGCAACAAUAGAAUUCAGUAAGGACAUGAUAUUCGAAAUAUAAUAAUCAGAGAACUAUGUUAGCAGUAUAAGAUUAGCUAUAUGUUAGUUAUCUAAGACAAAUCAGACAUAGAUUAUAAUGAAUGGAUAAUAAACCUCAGAAAGAAAUUAGGAUGGAAUAAAGUAUUUACGGAGCAAAAGAAAUAAAAAUCAAAUUUAUGAA